AUGCGACAGGAAUGGGAUAUUCGAAACACUUCUGAAGACGCCUGCGAUAGGCUGAAGAAAUACACCCGGAUGAUGCCAGAGAAACAUUUCUGCCUUUCCUUUUCCUACAAUGAUCUGACUGGAGGAUACAUUCUUGUAGAGGAUACAGGAGGAUACGAUAUUCAAGUGCUGAACACUGAACAUGGUUUGAGAAGUUUCAUUACUGGGCUGUAUUAUGUUAUUCAAGCAAUGAAUGCUGACUUUCUCAGCAUCCGAAUGGGAGUGUCAGUGGUAUUGGAAUGUGCCGGUUUCGAUAUUGUGGCCAACAUGAACAACAAGAUAUCCAAGACUAUCUGCGACAAUUUAUAUUGUAAUUACCCGUUUGCAAUCCAUGAAGAGGCCGAUUGGACCGCUUCUACUUGCUCCCAGAUCCACAAACAGCAACUGAAAGAUUCAUCUCGAGAGUUCAACAAAGUGUAA